AUGGGCACUAACAAGCCAUACGACGGCAGUUCUGCAAACAAUUUUGUUGUUAAGGACGCUCCGGCAACGGUACGUUACAUCCCAAAUUUCAUAACACCAGAAGAGGAAGAGUACUUGAUUGCUCAGAUUGACUCAGCUCCAACUCCAAAAUGGCAGGUGCUUCGAGACAGACGUGUUCAGUCGUGGGGUGGCGUUGUGGGGAAGUUUGGUCUUAUUCCAGACGGUGUGCUUCCAAAAUGGCUGGAAGAUAUAGUCAGUAAAUUAAUGGCAGUACCAGAUGUGUUUCCAGACAGCUCUCGUCCUAAUCACGUGCUCAUUAACGAUUAUCAUCCCGGCAAUGGGAUUAUGUCAUUUCCUCCAAUGAUUAUGCCAUUUUUGAAAAGGAGAAGAAAUGAAUGCGUUCUUCUUGUGAAAAAAAAAAUCUUUUAUGAACAUACUGAUGGUCCUGCAUACUAUCCGCUGGUCGCUACAAUCUCUUUAGGAAGUGGCCUGAUGAUUGAUUACACACGGGGAAUUGAUCCAGACGUGAUUACUUUUACUGCUACAGAAGGAUUUAACGAUCGUUAUAUCGGUUCAUUGUUUCUGGAAGCGCGAAGUCUAGUUUUGCUCUCUGAUGUUAUGUUUACAUCUUAUUUACAUGGAAUAGCAAACAGAACAGUUGAUGUUAUAACCAAAGAAACGUUCAACAGAGAUACUGUAGGAAAGGAAGUCGGUACUGUGAUACCCAGAACUCGAAGGAUAUCAUUGACAGUCAGAAAUGUUCCGAAAGUACGUCGAAGUGUUGCAAGUUUUUUGAAAAAAAAUUGA